UUGAGCGAGCGUUGAAUCGGAAGCGAGAUUAUUCAUCGUCACCAAUCUCCGUGAUCUGAUCGACAACAGCCUGUUCUAUAUUAUCAUAUAUAUAUAUAUAUGAUCUCUGUAUGCAGAGAUUUUGUAUUGUUUAAUCUCCGUUCAAGUAAAAUCAAACAGGUUUCAGGAGUACUUCAACGGAGGAGCAUCGUCGCCAUGUCUGGAGCUUCUGGAGAUGGAAGGUUGGGGUUCGAGCAGCCGAGAUUAGUGGCGAAGAAGAUUCUCGCCAAAUCGCAGAGCGAAGGCGUCGGCGCAGUCGUCAGAAGAAGCAUUGGCAGGCCAGAGUUGAAAUCAUUAGAUCCUUUCCUCAUGCUAGAUGAAUUUGCUGUUUGCCCUCCUGCCGGAUUCCCUGACCAUCCACAUCGAGGUUUCGAGACUGUUACAUAUGUGCUGCAGGGGGGUAUUACUCAUCAAGAUUUCUCCGGGCACAAGGGCACGAUACAUGCCGGUGAAGUUCAGUGGAUGACGGCCGGGAGGGGCAUUGUGCACUCGGAAAUGCCUGCUGGAGAAGGCACACAUAAAGGCCUCCAGCUAUGGAUCAAUCUCUCUUCCAAGGAUAAAAUGAUGGAGGCUCGGUACCAAGAGCUGCUGAGCAACGAAAUCCCCAAGGCGGAGAAAGACGGGGUGGAAGUAAAAGUGAUCGCCGGCGAGGCAAUGGGGGCACAUUCUCCGGUUUACACACGCACCCCGACAAUGUACCUGGAUUUCACCCUCCAACCCAACUCCCAAUGCCACCAACCAAUCCCGGAGUCUUGGAAUGCCUUCGUGUACAUCCUCCAAGGGGAAGGCGUGUUCGGGGCACCUGAUGCGCAGCCUUGCGGCGCGCACCACAUGCUGGUUCUCGGCCCGGGAGAAGGGCUGAGUGCAUGGAACGGAUCGGAGGAGGCGGUGCGUUUCAUAUUGGUCGGGGGGCAGCCGAUCGGGGAGCCGGUGGUCCAGCACGGCCCCUUUGUGAUGAACACACAGGGGGAGAUUGACAGGACCAUUGAGGACUAUUACUAUGGGAGGAAUGGAUUCGAAAUGGCAAGAAAUUGGAGGUCGUCUAAAUGAUCAUUUUUUUGUCAAGAUAGAAUCGAUCGUUGCGGAUGCGCUGGCUGGCUGGCUGGCUACCAUCAAUAUAAUGUGGUAUGUAUCGUGCAUUGUUUUUGUUUUUUCAUUGACAUUAUUUUGUGUUUUGUGUUUGGGUUAAUAUGUCAUUUUCGGACAAAGAAAGGGGGGGAUUAUGUUGUCGGGUAAUGGAAACGGGGCUUCUAGAAGGUUGUUGGGGGGGGUGGUUACGCGUGGGGUUAGAAGAUGAUGGUGAAGGGGGAAGUGGUGAAUGUGAUGUUUAGUUGUUGGUUUCAUAUUUGGAAGUAGUCAUAAGUCAAUUCUUGUUUUUUUUUUUUAA